CUCAAAUCACAGCUGCUGUGGAAUUUGGAUCGUAAUUCAAUCAUCUGACUCCAAAAGAGGCGUUCCACUGUCACAUACUGCUGCAGUGAGACACCUGAUAUCCUGGAAUUACCCCGAUGCCUCUGGAACAGGAGAAGCCUCAACCACUGGAGAGCCAGGGCUGCAUAAAGAGGGGCUGUGCUGCGCUUCUCCCAUCCCAGGAGCUGCAGGGCACCGAGGGAGAAGACAUGGCUUUUCAGGAGAAUACACAAGAGGGGGAUGCAAAGGCACAGCUCCUGGCAGAGGAAUUAGAGAAGGAAGGACUGGAUGCUGGAUACUGGCUGCCCAAGGUGAUGCAGAUCGUGGGAAUCAAGUGUAGAGAAGCCCCGCAACACCUGGAACAGGAAGAUUACCUCCAGUUGGAGUGUGAAGUACGGCACACCUGGGAGAAAAAGGCACUCCAGAAACUCCUGAAAAUAACAGACAAAGUGUCCUCCAUCAAUGUGAAAUGGAUCUUCAAGGCUCAGCACGCACUUCCCAGAUCUCCCAAAGUCACUCAACUCAAAGAGCUCAUCAAAACACUGCAGCAAAUGAAGGAGCACAUCCAUGCUGUCACUGAAGCAUCAGGAAGCUCUGCUUCUGCCGUUCAUGUAGCAAAGAAAAAAGCCACCAUGACCAGCAGUCUCGCCAUUUAUUCCUUACUCCAGUCUCUCAGGGAAAAGGAUCAGAAGGAGAUGGAACUGUUGGUGCUCUUGAUUGCAACCAGCACAGGGUACCAGGUGGAAAGCAGCACUUUCCAGCACCUCCUUGGACACCCAGAAAUUCAGUACAUGGCCAAGGAAAUGGAAGCGGCACAUGAGGAGUACGUGAACCUGAAGGAGCAAGAUGCUGACAGAGCUGAGGCCUCCCUUCUGCUGACGGGUCUGACUGUGACACCAGAAAGUCAAGAGCUGUCCCCUGAGCAGAAGAGGGAGCGUUUAGUUUUCAUGGAAGAUCACAUGAAAGGCUUGUGGUCUACACAGAUAAAGAAUCUCCUUCAAAAGCACAGAGGAGACGAAGACUGGGAGAGGCUGGAACGGGACUUGAAUUCCUUGAUCAGUGGGAGCUUGGAUGACAAAUGGGAUCAACAGAAGAUGGAGAACAUACUCAGAGACCUGGAAGACAGUUUUGCAACACCAGAGCACCCCAGUCAAUCCCAAUCCAAGUUAGACAGCAGCGAAUCCAAAGCAAAUGAAGCCAUUGUAAACCAGGAGUUCCUCCAGUUGCUCAAGCGCCUUGGGCUCCAAAGUCGCUAUCCAAGAAAAAUGGGAAUGGGAGAUUUCUGCACCAUCAACAAGACAUCUCUGCAGGACAGCCAGCCCAGCAAGGAAACAGAACUGCCGUUAUACUUCUUGCAAAAGCUGUUAAUCGUGCAUUACAGGGUGAGGUACCUGACUUGCUGGGAUGAGAAAAACCCAGGCCUUGCACCUGUGCCACAAACUAGAUCACAAGAGGAACAGUCAGAGUCCUUUGAAAACUUUCUUGAUAAUCUGACGGAAGCAGCCACUGAACUUGGAGGCACGGAUGGCCAUGUGCACCCCAUUGACCUGCAGAUGGCCAUUUUCCAUUGUGCUGAUGACUUCCUGAGACAGACCCUUGCAACCAAGCUGGCGUUCUGCCAACUGGCCCUGCCUCUGCUGGUGCCCAACCCGUGCACUUCACGCAUUGAGUUCCUGCUCUACGCGCUCAGCCAAAUCCAAAGGAGCUGGAAAGAGACAGAGAAGUCAGGAAAGCAGGCUGGAACAAAGAGUUACCACAACAAACUCAUCUUUCAGGCACAGACACCCAUCGUGUCCUUCUUCCGCAUUGGCAGCUCGGCCUCCUCUUCCAAGUCUCAGCUCCUGAACACUCUGCUGAGCAGACGCAAACACGACACUUUCUUCCACCGCCACUGCAGAGGCAGCACCAGGGAGCGUUUGCUGAUGGAAGGGGUGGUGGAGAUCGCCUGGUACUGCCCCCGUGGAAGCCCCGAUGACACCUUUGAGUGCUGCGUGGCUUUCUGUAACCUGCAUGGAGACGCCAGGGAUCACGGAGCACAGCUGCAGUUCCUGCAGGAGAUAUCUGCUGUCAAUGUGGCUCUUGUGUCCGAUUUACAACACAUGGACAGCAGGGGGAAAAAGCUUCUGCAGGGCCUGUGGCAGUCAGAAAGGCCUUUGAUUUGUCUUCUCACAGAAAAAGAGAACAUGGCAGCUGGACGAUCCAGAAGAACCAUAACAAUAGGGAUCAAGAACAGAAAUGAGGCAGAAUUGAUAGAGCAGCUGACCAACAUUAUCAUGGAUCUCCUAGAAGGGUCUAAUCUACGUUUCAGUCUGGACGCCUGUGUGGACAAAGCUCGCCAGCAUGGAUUCGUAGUGGAUGCAGAUAAACCGGCGUGUGUGACAGCCAAAGCAAAGGCAAAGGAGCUGGUGGACCUUCUGAAGAAAGAGAAGCUGUCUGAGAUCAAAUCCCAGCUGCUGCCACUUCAAGGAAAACUGUGGAAUGAGUGGUGCAAAAAGGACAAAGAACUCACUCGCUUGCAGGAGCAAGGGGACAAGAGCAUUGAGCAUCAUUUCAGCCAGAUUGAAAAUGAGAAGAAAGCAAUAAGAAGAAAGCAACUUGAGCAAGCUUUCCCUCUCAACUCACUGAUGAAAUCCUUCCUUGGCUUUCUCCAGACCCAGCCAGCAGAUACCAAGAAAUACUUCCUGCAGUGGAUGAAGGUCUUGAUGGAUGAGCUGUCCUGCGGUCCCCUUGAAGAACUGAGGAGAGACUAUCACAAGUUAUGGUCUGAAAUCCAGGCAGGAAAGAAAAACCAGGAAAAAAACAGUGUGAAUGCUGAGUUGCUGAGUCGCUUGGAUGCCCUCUCUGAUGAAAUCAACAAUUCAUCUAUCGGCCUGGAGCACCUUCUGAGAGAGGUAGGAAAGAUUUAUGAAGCUCUGGAAUUAAUGGAGACAGAUAAUUACAGUUUUGUAAAACUGCCAGAAAUUGCAGCAGAGCUGAUGGUUUCAGGCUAUCCCGUGGAGCUGAUGGAUGGGGAUGCUUCUUACCUGCCCUUGCGCUGGGUGGGAGCAAUCUUUGACAGCUUAAUUGAGAGGCUGGGGGACAAACGAGUGUUUGUGCUCUCUGUGCUUGGCAUCCAGAGCAGCGGCAAGUCCACCCUGCUGAAUGCCAUGUUUGGUCUGCAGUUCAACGUCAGCGCGGGGAGAUGCACCCGCGGAGCCUUUAUGCAGCUCAUCCCAGUGGGCAAGGAGCUGCAGCAAGACCUGGGCUUUGAUUUUGUGCUAGUGGUUGACACAGAGGGACUUCGUGCCACCGAGAUGGCCAAUAAACAGUCCCUGAACCAUGACAACGAGCUGGCCACCUUUGUCAUUGGUGUUAGCAACAUGACUGUGAUCAAUGUCUUUGGAGAAAACCCAUCCGAAAUGCAAUAUGUCCUCCAGAUCGCUGUGCAGGCUUUCCUGAGGAUGAAGAAAGUCAAUCUUUCCCCAAGCUGUCUCCUUGUCCACCAAAACGUGGGAGAAGCAACUGCCAAGGGGAGCAACAUGGAAGGACGAAGGCGUUUGCAGGAAAAGCUGGAUGAAAUGACUGUGGUAGCAGCUCAGCAGGAAUUCUGUGACAUCUCCUCCUUCAGCGAUGUCAUUGGCUUUGAUGUGAACACCCACAUUCACUACUUUACUCACCUGUGGGAAGGAAACCCCCCCAUGGCACCACCCAACCCCACCUACAGCCAGAACGUCCAGCAACUCAAGAGCAAAAUCUUCCAGGCUGCCAAGGAGCAGUCACAGCGCAGCAUUUUGAGGCUGUCGAGUCUGAAAAUUCGUAUUGGUGACCUCUGGAAUGCUUUGCUGAAUGAAAACUUUGUUUUCAGCUUCAAGAAUUCCCUGGAGAUUGCUGCCUACAGGAAACUGGAAAGUGCCUUUAGUCAGUGGACCUGGAGGCUGAGGAGUCACAUCUUAGAUGUACAGAUGAGACUGGACAACAAAAUUCGGAAUGGGGAUUUGCAGAAUGUCACCAGAGAACAUCUUGAAGGGCUGGUGCAAGAGACAAGUGAUGCCAUUGAGAAAGAAGUGGAAAAGUAUUUUGAGGAAGACAAAGAACUGGUGCAAGAGACAAGUGAUGAUAUUGAGACUGAAGUGGAAAAGUGUAUUGAGGGACACAAAAAACAUUGGAUACACCUGUCAAAAUCAUGCACACAGCUGAAGCUGGAAACACUAAAAGAGUGUCUUCUUGUUGAAAUGAUGAAGAAAUGUGAGAAUCUGAUUGAGCUACAGAAGGAGCAGAAGAAACUGGAUGCAAGGAAUUUGGAAUAUGAAGAUGAGCUCCUGAGAAGGAGCAGGGAGCUGGCUGUGACUCUGAAAGGGAGGAGCCUCAGUGAGAGAGAACUGAAGGACAACUUUACUCUUGUCUGGAACCAGUGGAUUGCCGAAGUCUCCCAUGCUGCUUGUCCUCCAGAUCAGGUGCAUAUCGAUGCAGAAAUUGAAGAUGUCCUUCUCAAACACUUUAAGGAGCCGGGUUUCUAUGAACGGAUCAGGUCAUUUCCCAAAGAGAGAAGAUUUUCUUUUGACAAAGAGAAAUAUAUCAUGAAGAAAAAGUAUUUAGGCUUUAUCCCAGAUCCCAGGAACAUUUCCAGUGUUGAUGUGAUCAUAUUUCAGCUCAUCACAGUCCAGAUCAUAGCAAAUGUGAGGGCAAACAUUGAUGAGAAAGAGCGGGAGAAACGUGAUUACAGUCAAAAUUUCAUCCAUGAAAUUCUCAAUGAAGUACAGAAAGGUGUGAACUCUGUCCCCAGCAAUGCAAAAUGUACUUUUAACAAAGAGUACAGCAUAGAUUUGUCUCUGUAUCUGUGCAAAAUGGCAGCAGAAAGGUUUAAAACCAUGCAUGAAGCAUUCCAAAAGGCAAAUUACCCAGCUGUAUACCUGAGCAGUAAGAGAGAAGAUUUCUUCCAAUGUUUCCUGAUUUCCUUCCAAGGAUCUGCUUCCAUCACAUCUUUUGCUGGUUUCCUUUGUGACAAGGUUGAAACAGCUCUUCGCCGGGCAGUCUAUGAGAGGACGGCUAAAGACAUUGCUGAGGAUAUACAAGGCAAGUUCCCAGAUUUCCAGGGCAAGAGAGGCAAUCUGGAAGUUUCCAUCCUUAGACAUCUGCCAGAAGAAGAAUAUUUUGAGUAUUUCACGCAGUACCUUACAUCUCCAAAGGAGUUUUUUUGGAGUUACAUUGAGACACGAGUGGAGAGUUACUGUUUAGAUGGAAGCAGGAGGCUGGAGAAGUUUUUAUAUUCCUCCCUUAAUCGCCUCUAUCGAAACAUCCUGUCAGCUGUUUCUUUAUCAACCCAAAUUGUCAAAGACAGAAAAGACAGAGAAGACAAAGUCUCUCUUUGGCUGGAUGAAUUUUGCAGGGAACUGACAGAGGUGAUCAGCUUGCCCAGAAGUGACCUGAAAGGCCUUGAGCACCAGGAGGUCACAGACAUUGAGUUCCUAAGCAGUGCCGUGGUAGAAAAUCUGGCUGCCCUGAGGGGCAGGCUCAUGAAAGAAUUUGCUGAUGCUGACCUGAGCUCAUUUUCAAGGAAGCCUCAAACCAUCCUGGCAGAGCAUUUUUCAGGUUUAUAGGACAAUUUACCCUUUUAAGGGGCUGUCUGCACAAACACCAUGCAGGGACAUGAUGGAGACCAUCAGGUGAUUUUCUAUCGCCCAGAAGAUGUGACAGGAUGGAGGUGUCAUGGGACAGACCAGCGGCUCCUUGCUAUUUGUUCCAGCUUUUUUGCAAAUGACUGCAGUUUCAUAAAUAGUGACAAAGGACAGACCUCCUACAAGACAUACCCCAAUGCUGGACCUGGUUUUUCCACUUUGAAAAUUCUUCCUGAUCCAUCCAUGCAGGCAUCUUGGAAACUGUUUGUGUCUCAUUUCAGGACACAGCUGGAAGCUUUGUACAGUGGGAAAUUUCAGGGAAGAGGAGAAACCCCUGAGGUGUGGCAGAGAAUUACUAAGCAGGAAGCACUGUCCGAGCUGGACAAGCAUAAGGCCACAUCCAUGAGAAGGAAGAAUCACAACAGCUUUGCAGAUUAGGAGAACUUUGUAGCAGGCUCUCCAAAAAAUGCAGUGCCCCAAAGGCAGUUUAUCCUGCAGCAAGGAGGUGUCCUGCUUGGAGAAAGAGCUGUGGGACCUGAGGCCAGCUCCAUGCUGGCUGCAAGCUGGGCUGCUUGGCUUUUGGGUGUCAUCCUUCCCUCCCUGAUUGAAGCCUCCUGGAUCAGGUGGGGCUGUUCUCCCAGCAAGAGCUGUUGUGCCUCCGGGCUCAGGAAAGCAGUGACACAACCACCCCAGGGCUCAGGCACUGCUUUCACUCCCUGUCUCUGAGGUGCUGUGUCUCUGUCCAGGGCAGCUGCUCCUGCUCAGGUGCCUGGGGCUGCUGCCUUUCCCUCAGCCCUCAGCCCCAGCAGGAGCUGCUCCUGCCCUUGGCCUGUCUGCUGAGCAAAAGCCUUUGGAAUGCCCCAUGUGGAGAAUCCUGUCUGCCAGCACCUUCUGCAGCAGCCCUGGGGCAGUGCUGGAGCUGUCCAGGCAGGCUGGUGGCACCGGGGCCGUGCUCUGGAGAAGGUGGCACCAGCUGGCUCUGCCCAAGGGAGCUGUGGGGGGAUUUUGCUGUGCAGGUGCAGUGACCCCGCUGGCAAUGUGAGGGCCAAGCCCUGCUGGAGAGCUGGCUGAAGGGCUGCUCCAGCCUCAUCCCAUGCAGGCUCUGCUAAUAAAGGAGUGAAUUUGGACA